AUGCACGCUCCCAGCAUCGUCACUGUCCUCGCCGCCCUCCCCGCGGCCAUGGCUUGCCUCGGCUACACCGGUGGUGUUCCCAAGGCUACUGGCAGCAAGUCUCUGAGCGCCCCCAAGACCCUCAAGAAGGGUGAGGUUUUCGAUGCCGGCUGGGUCCGGUACGACCGUGGUGUGAAGUGCUCUGGUCAGGCUGAGGGUGGUUCCAAGGACGCCGUCUUCAUCCUCGAGGAGGGUGCCACUCUCCGCAACGUCAUCAUCGGUGCCAACCAGCGUGAGGGUAUCCACUGCAAGGGCUCCUGCAACAUCGAGUUCGCCUGGUUCGAGGAUGUCUGCGAGGAUGCCAUCUCCAUCCUUGGCAGCGGCACUGCCAACAUCAUCGGUGGUGGUGCUUACCACGCCUCCGACAAGGUCAUCCAGCACAACGGUUGCGGUCACGUCAACAUUGUCAACUUCUACGCCAACGACUACGGCAAGGUCUACCGAUCUUGCGGUAACUGCAAGGGCAACACCAACUGCAAGCGCUCCGUGCACAUGGAGGGCACCACCGCCGUCAAGGGUGGUGAGCUCAUUGGCAUCAACACCAACUACGGUGACAAGGCCACCUACUCCAACAACUGCUACCCUAAGACCCAGUGCCAGGGUUACAAGGGCUGCGACAAGUCCAAGGGCGAGUGCGAGCCCUCCAAGGCCGCCAAGUGCUAAAUGACUCGUUGACGGGCAGUGCGCUUUGAGUUGUUCGUUUUAAUUCUUCUUUGAUACCGUUGCCGGCAUCUAUGUAUCUGUUUAUACACUAUAGAAUGGUGGAUCGCUACCUGUACAUAUUACCUUAGCGAAGUACAUAAAAAGAGUUGAGCAGGCUUGGUCCUGCGUGUGUCUAAGAUUGUUUCACUCGAUAUUGCAAUGUGACCCAGCUUAUAAUUGUUCUUGCUCCACUGGGAUGAAUGGCGACACGACUUAGAACUCUCAUCGCCUCCCCUUCCGUGCUAUUGACUCCCCUCUACUUGUAAUAACGGGAU